CUCGCAUGUGCUUCUCCCUUCUUCUUCAGACCGAAAAUUCUAGACAAAAACGAUCACUCACUAUACUAUAAUCAUUACAAAAAGGCAACAAAAUGACGGAUCCAGCGAAGGUGACAGAAUUAAAAGAUGCUGGGAAUGCAGCUCUCCAGGCAGGGAAGUUCAAGGAUGCCAUUGAAUUGUACAGCCAGGCCAUAGAAAUGGAUAAGGAGAACCCAGCUUUAUACAGCAACCGUUCAGUGGCACACAUCAAGGCCAAGGAGUUUGAGAAAGCCCUUACUGAUGCAGAAAAGGUUGUGGAAUUGAAGCCUGAUUGGUCAAAGGGGUACUCGAGGGUUGGCAGUGCUCUGUCUUCCAUGAGCAGACAUCAGGAAGCUAAGAUGGCAUUUGAACAGGCCCUGAAACUGGACCCUGACAACAAACAACUGAAACAAGCUGUUGAAGAUGAGGGACGCUUUCUGACGGGUCCUGCUGGCAGUGAACCAGUCAUGAAUCCAUUUGCUGACCCAAACCUUUUCCAAAAAUUGAUUGCUGAACCGAGAACAAGGGAAUUGAUGAAAGACACAGACUUUGUCAAUGCUAUGAAAGACCUACAGCAGAAUCCAGGAGCAUUAGGGAAAUACCACAAUGACCCUCGUAUCAUGACUGCCCUGGGAGUUCUCUUGGGAAUGGACCUGGAUUUCCAGGGAGAGGAAGAACUCCACAAACAAGAUGUGAAAGACACUGUGAACGAGAUGAGAGAGAAGAGAAAGGAGGCUGAGAAAGAAGCUGCAUUUCAACAGAAAAAUGCAGCAAACGCAAAAUCCAAAGAGACUGUUGAAUUGACUGAUGACCAGAAGAAGGCUCUUGAAGAAAAGGAGAAAGGAAAUGCAGCAUACAAAAAGAAGGACUUUGAAACUGCUAUUAAACAUUAUGAUGAAGCCAUUAGGUUGGAUCCUACCAAUAUUACAUUUCUUACAAACAAAGCAGCUGUAUACUUUGAACAAUCUGACUUAAAGUCGUGUAUAGAAACGUGCGAAAAAGCAAUAGAAGUGGGCAGAGAAAACAGGGCAGAUUUCAAACUUCUUGCAAAGGCAUAUGCGAGAAUGGGUAAUGCGUACAAUAAGCAAGAAGAUCUAGAAAAUGCACUCACCUAUUACAACAAGGCCCUCUCAGAGCACAGAACACCAGAUGUAACAUCGAAAGCAAAGGAGAUCGAGAAGAAACUUAAAGAGCGUGAAAAGUUAGCGUACAUCAAUCCAGAACUAUCUUUGGAGGAGAAGACCAAAGGCAACAAAGCUUUCCAAGAAGGUGACUAUCCUACAGCCUUAAAACAUUAUGCCGAAGCCAUCAAGAGGAAUCCAGAAGAUGCUAAGAUCUACAGCAACCGAGCUGCCUGUUACACAAAACUGAUGGAAUUUUCCCUAGCUCUUAGUGACUGUGAACAGUGCAUCAAACUAGACCCAAAAUUUAUCAAAUUUGUGCAGAAGUAG